AUAUUUUCCUUUAUUUUGAUAACAAUCAUCAAAAAAUUCGUUCCCUGAAGUUAACAUAUAACAAUGUUAUUUAAAUGCUGAGAAUUGCAUUUGUGAGCAUAAUUUUUGUUGCUACGCUCAAAAUGUUAAGCACUAUAGACGAAUUCUGUUAAUUUCUGUGCCGGUGGUGAAAUACGCUUUCAUGACUCGACUUCGUUUUUGACAGUUUCCACGAUGGUCCGCAAUUGAACCUUCUCUAUGUUAUAAGUUCUCUGUAAUAAAGCUGCAAAUGUCAAACAUAGAAAAAUGUAAAAUUAGUGCAGACGUACAUUAAUUUUUUUUAUAAAAAUUCGUUGCAUUUUAGUGGUUUGCUAAUUAAUUUAUUUGAGUAAUUAAAAAGAUAAGAACACAUUGUAAACUAUACAGAAAAAAUGUCGCUGUUUCGGAAACCAAAGAAAAUACAGAGACGUGUGUUUUCGAGUACAUUAGAUGACGAAGAAGAAAAUGCGGCGGAUACUAUGGAAAUGGAUGUUGAUGCGGAGCAGACCGCUCAAACUAACAAGAAAAACCCCAGCAUUAAGAAAUCUAGCAUUAAGACAGAGAAAAACGAAGAACACAAACCCAAGUCUCUACUAAGUUUUGCAGACGAAGAGGAGGAAUCAGAGGUGUUUCAGGUGCGAAAAUCAUCAAACAGUAAAAAGAUUAUGCGGAUGUUAGAUAGAGAACGACGCCGAAAACGAAAGGAGGAACGUCAAAAUACACAAGAGUCGUUAAUGGGUGUUGGUAGUGGUGGAGCAGGUAUUGGAACAAGUGAUGGUUCUUCGCUUGAACGACAACGUGAACGACAAUCGCAAAUACGUUUUGAGAAUGGCAGAUCUUCUAACGGCAGCAGCAAUAAUAACUCUCAUAAUUUAGGUUCAACAACUUCAUCUAGUAAUAAAUAUAAGGGUACAACCUCACUAGCAUCUGGUGGAAAAGCCGUAGGCACUGCCGCAGCAUCUGCUGCUGUGCAGUGUAAAAGUAAAAAAUCUGAUUGUAUCCAAACAGAAAUACGCACAGACGACUUUGUGCUUGUUGUUAAAAAAUCCGAGCCCGAUCUUAUACUCAAUGGCCGCGCAGCAAUAUGCGCUGGCCGCAACGACAUGUCGGAUGAGGACGAACAAGAGGGUGAUGAAGACGACGAUCGUGAUGAAAAACAUCGCUUUUCUAAACCGGAACACUUGAAACAAAUGCUGGAGAGUGGUUCUAUACCCGAUGCUGCGAUGAUACAUGCAGUGAGAAAACGUCGCCAAAAAGCCAGAGAGCAAGGCGAUUUCAUACCUGUCGAGGAGCCGAAAGAACCCGCGAAGAAAGGAAGUCGUUUGGCACAUGAGGAUGUAGAAGGUGAUAACUCGGAUGAUGAGGAGCGCUUGGACAUGACCGUCGCAACAGCCAAAAAGGAACGUGAGGAGCGACGUGAACAAUUUUACGCUGUGGAAAACAACGAUUAUACUGAUGAAGACUCCGAUCGUGAGAUGCAUGAAUGGGAGAAUCAGCAAAUACGUAAAGGUGUAACGGGCGCACAACUGGUGAGCGCCCAGCAUGAUGCGGUACUAUCGAGGUUUAUGAUAAAACCUGCCGCCACAAAUGCUUUAGAAUAUGUGCAGGAACAACAAUCGACGUCAACUCUGUUGGAGCAAGCAUACGCGAAGAGUGCCUUGCAGAAGCCACAACAAAUACUAAGUGGCUCCACAAAAACGAAAAAAGAGAAAGCCAAAACGGCAUCCAUGCGUACGCCUAAGGAAAUACAAGAUGCUAUACAAACGCGUUUGACAAAAUUGCGUGAAGUUAAUGAAAAGCAUAGAAGCGAUAUCGAGCGUAUAGUCAGCAAUUUGAAGGCUUUGAAAAUUGAAGAAUUAGAUUGUACACAGAAAGCGCCUGCCGCAGCGGCAAAAUAUCGUUUUUAUCAGGAGAUGAAAUGCUACGCUGCCGAUUUGGUAGAUUGCUUGGCGGAGAAGACCCCAGUUAUCAAUGAUUUGGAAAAGCGCACUCUACAAGUAUGGUCAAAGCAUCAACAUUUUCUUAUCGAACGUCGUCGUCAAGAUGUUCGCGACCAAGCGAAGGAAAUGGCUGAAGCUUCAAAGCCUGCCGGUGCACGGCGUGGUGCCGACUCAGAAGAGCAAAUCAGACGAGCUGCAGAGCGAGAGGGUAGACGCACUCGCCGGCGAUGCGAGCGUGAAAAAAACGAUAUGCUUAUAACUCAUUUAGAUGGGAUGUCCAGUGACGAUGAAACGUCCGAUCGUUACCAAGAACAAAUAAAAAAUAAUUUUGAUCAAAUACAGCGCGAGUCAGAAGCAAUAUUCAGUGAUGUAAAUGAUGACUUUUAUAAAGUCGAACUAAUUUUGACGAAAUUUCAUGCUUGGCGCAAAACCGAUAUGGACUCUUACAAGGACGCGUUUGUUAGCCUGUGUUUGCCAAAGGUGCUCGGACCACUUGUUCGAUUGGAAAUGUUGAACUGGUCACCGUUGCUAGAAGAGUACAAAGAUAUUGAAAAGAUGAAUUGGUAUUCCGCUUGUAUGCUUUAUGCUUGGAGUGAGCAUGAAACCGAAGAAACAUUAAGACUUGAUCCCGACGUGAAUUUGGUGCCAACCAUAAUUGAAAAAAUACUUUUACCUAAAGUUGCAGACAUUGUCAAUCAAUGCUGGGAUCCCUUAUCAACUACACAAACAUUACGUUUAAUUGGUUUUAUAAACCGGUUGGGGCGUGAUUUUCCACUCAAAGACACAUCAAAGCAAUUGCAACAAUUAUUUGAAAAGAUUUUGGAAAAAAUGAAGUUGUCACUAGAAAACGAUGUCUUCAUACCGAUAUUUCCUAAGCAAGUGCAAGAGGCGAAGACUUCAUUCUUUCAACGUCAGUUUUGCAGUGGCCUAAAAUUGUUUCGAAAUUUCCUCAGUUGGCAGGGUAUUUUAGCAGACAGACCAUUGCGGGAAAUGGCAAUUGGUUUAUUGCUAAAUCGUUAUCUGCUACUCGCUAUGAGAGUCUGCACAGCUAACGAUGCAAUAUCUAAAGCUUAUAUUAUAGUCAAUACAUUACCAACCGUGUGGUUACAACCGGAAUCGGAAACAUUACAGAACUUGCAGCUACUAAUAACUUAUAUUAAACAGACUUUAGACACUAUCGACGCCAAUAAUCCUCUCUAUAUGCAAGCAUGCGACAAAGCUAAACAAAUUUUGCAAAGACUUCACAGUUAUUAGUUCGCACAUGAGGGCGAAUGAGAAUGUACUAAUGGAAAAAAGAACAGCAUUAUCACAAUUGCCGAAUGUUUAUUGAAAAUCGGCACUGUUGCCUAACUUCCAACACGCUUUGUACAUACAUACUUGUAGUUGGCAUAGCUAUACAAUCAUAUAUUUAUUAUGUCUAUUUAAAUAGUUGUAAACACUUUUUCAAACUACGUAGAGUUUCAAAUAAAAAAAAUUCGAUAUGAAGCA